CGGACACUGAGAGGAAGUAGUACAAUAGCAGCAGCUUUGGAAAAAGGAAUAUUAUAUACAUCGAGGGAAUCUGUAACGGUUAACCGGGACAGUGUCGCUUCUCUAUCCACAAAGACAGCUGCUCUUACAGGACUUACACAUACUAGCUGCGGUGUAGCUGUGGGGUGCAAUGGAGGAUGGGAAGCCUGUUUGGGCGCCCCACCCAACCGAUGGGUUCCAGCUGGGCAUGAUAGUGGACAUCGGUGCAGACACACUCACCAUAGAACCUCUGAAUCAGCGAGGAAAGACCUUCCUGGCUCCCAUCAACCAAGUCUUCCCUGCUGAGGAUGAUGUGAACAAACAUGUGGAAGACAACUGUUCUCUUAUGUAUUUGAACGAGGCCACACUUCUGAACAACAUUUGUAUCCGUUACAGCAAAGACUUGAUCUAUACUUUUGUGGCUAACAUCCUGAUUGCCGUGAACCCGUAUUUUGACAUCCCUAAAUUCUACACCCCAGAGUCCAUCAAGAGCUAUCAGGGACGCUCUUUGGGGACACUGGCUCCUCAUGUCUACGCUAUCGCGGAUAAGGCCUACAGGGAUAUGAAGGUUCUGAAGAUGAGUCAGUCCAUCAUUGUGUCUGGAGAAUCUGGUGCUGGAAAAACAGAAAACACAAAGUUUGUUCUCAGGUAUUUAACCACAUCUUAUGGCACAUGUCAGGACAUAGAUGAGAGAAUUGUUGAAGCCAACCCCCUACUUGAGGCUUUUGGAAAUGCAAAGACGGUCAGGAACAACAACAGCAGCCGUUUUGGAAAAUUUGUGGAAAUUCACUUUAAUGAGAAGAAUGCAGUUGUGGGCGGAUUUGUCUCACACUAUCUGUUGGAGAAGUCUCGGAUUUGCAUGCAAAGUCCGGAAGAGCGAAACUAUCAUAUAUUUUACAGGCUCUGUGCAGGGGCAUCAGAGGACAUCAGGAAUAUGCUUCAUCUCAACUCUCCGGACAACUUCCGGUAUUUGAAUGGCGGCUGCACUCGAUACUUUGCAAACAAGGACUCAGAUAAACAGAUUAUGCAAAACAGGAAAAGUCCUGAGCAUGGGAAAGCAGGGGCUCUGAAAGACCCUUUGCUGGAUGACCUGGGAGACUUCAACAGGAUGGUGGUGGCCAUGAAGAAAAUCGGCCUGGAUGACACAGAGAAGCUCAAUCUCUUCAGAGUGGUGGCUGGAGUCCUUCAUCUCGGCAAUAUCGACUUUGAGGAGACAGGAAGCACCUCUGGUGGCUGCAUUCUGAAGAAACAGUCCGGUCAGACUCUGGAAUACUGUGCCGACCUGUUGGGCCUGGACCAGGACGACUUGAGAGUCAGCCUCACCACCAGGGUCAUGCUCACCACUUCAGGGGGCGCCAAAGGCACAGUCAUCAAGGUGCCUCUUAAGGUGGAACAGGCCAACAAUGCCCGUGAUGCCCUCGCCAAAACAGUUUACAGCCGGCUCUUUGAUCAUGUGGUCAAACGGGUCAACCAGUGCUUCCCCUUUGAUACGUCCUCCAACUUCAUCGGCGUCUUGGACAUUGCUGGCUUUGAGUAUUUCGAGCACAACAGCUUUGAGCAAUUCUGCAUCAACUAUUGUAAUGAAAAACUGCAGCAGUUUUUUAAUGAACGCAUACUGAAAGAGGAGCAAGAGCUAUAUCAGAAGGAAGGCCUGGGAGUGAAUGAAGUUCAUUAUGUGGAUAACCAGGACUGCAUAGAUCUGGUUGAGGCAAAGUUGGUGGGUAUCUUGGAUAUUCUGGAUGAGGAGAACCGUCUUCCCCAGCCCAGUGAUCAGCACUUUGCAGAGGCAGUUCACAGCAAGCAUAAAGAUCAUUUCCGCCUCACUGUGCCCAGGAAGUCCAAGCUUACAAUCCACAGGAAUCUGAGAGAUGACGAAGGUUUCAUCAUAAGACAUUUUGCUGGUGCUGUGUGCUAUGAGACUACCCAGUUUGUGGAGAAGAAUAAUGAUGCCCUACACAUGUCCUUGGAGAGCCUGGUGUGUGAGUCGAAGGACAAGUUUAUCCGGGAUCUCUUUGAGAACAACUCCAGUUCCAGGGACUCCAAGCAGAAGGCUGGCAAGCUCAGCUUUAUCAGUGUGGGAAACAAAUUCAAGACCCAGCUGAACAUUCUGCUUGAAAAGCUUCGCAGUACAGGCUCUAGUUUCAUCCGUUGUGUGAAGCCCAAUCUGAAGAUGGUCAGCCACCAGUUUGAAGGAGCCCAGAUUCUGUCUCAGCUGCAGUGCUCCGGCAUGGUAUCAGUGCUGGACCUGAUGCAGGGCGGCUUCCCUUCCCGAGCUCCAUUCCACGAGCUUUACAACAUGUACAAGCAGUACAUGCCCAGCAAACUCACAAGACUGGAUCCUCGACUCUUCUGCAAAGCUCUGUUUAAAGCACUGGGCCUAAACGAGAACGAUUACAAGUUUGGAUUGACCCGAGUUUUCUUCCGCCCUGGAAAGUUUGCAGAGUUUGACCAGAUCAUGAAGUCUGAUCCGGAGCACCUGGCUGAGCUUGUAAAACAGGUCAAUAAGUGGCUGGUGUGCAGCCGAUGGAAGAAGAUCCAGUGGUGCUCGCUGUCAGUCAUUAAAUUGAGAAACAAAAUGAAGUACAGGGCCAGAGCCUGCAUCAAGAUUCAAAAGACAGUUCGCAUGUGGCUGUGCAAAAGACGACACAAGGCUCGCAUUGAUGGCUUGGUGAAAGUGAAAAAUUUGAGGAAUAGGAUGGAGAAGUUCAACGAGGCUGUCAAUGGACUCAAGGAGGGCAAACAGGAGAUGAGCAAGCAGGUUGAGGAACUGGCCACCUCCACCGAUGCCCUCAUGUCUAAGAUUAAGUCCACGGUGAUGAGCCGCAAAGAAAUUGAUCAGGAAUACGAGGGCCUGGUGAAACGCUCAGAGCAGCUCCUCUUCUCCAUGCAGAAGAAGAAGCAGGAGCAGGAGGAGAUGGAGAGACUCAAGCACAUCCAGGAGGACAUGGAGAAAGAGAGGAAGAGACGCGAGGAAGACGAGCAGUUGCGCAAACAGGAGGAAGAGGACCGCCGCAUGAAAGCUGAGAUGGAGCAGAAGAGGAAACAGGAGGAGGAGGAGAGAAAAAAAAGAGAAGAGGAAGAGCGAGUCAUGCAGGCGGAACUGGAGAUGCAGCUGGCAUUGGAGCGAGAGGAAGAGACUCAGAGACAGACAGUGUUGGAACAGGAGAGAAGGGACAGAGAGCUGGCCAUGAGAAUCGCUCAGAGCGAGGCAGAACUCAUCCAGGAUGAAGCCCAAAUGGACCCCAGCUUGCGCAGUGAUGGUACCACAGGUCUUUGGUUCUUCACAGAGACGGGUGUGCAGGUACAGGCCAACAAGGUGGCGUCUGGGGUGAAGAAAUAUGACCUGAGCAAGUGGAAGUACGCUGAGCUGCGAGACGCAAUCAACACCUCCUGUGAUAUAGAGCUGCUGGCAGCAUGCCGUGAGGAAUUUCAUCGUCGUCUGAAGGUUUACCAUGCCUGGAAAUCAAAGAACAAGAAGCGAAACACAGAUACAGAGAUGAGGGCCCCCAAAUCUGUCACUGACUAUGCUCAGCAGAACCCUGCUCCGCCCAUCCCAGCCCGGCAGCAAGAGAUCACAAUGAACCGACAGCAACGUUACUUUCGCAUUCCCUUCAUCCGCCCCGCUGACCAGUACAAAGACCCACAGAACAAGAAAAAGGGCUGGUGGUACGCUCACUUUGAUGGACCUUGGAUUGCCCGGCAGAUGGAGCUUCAUCCAGACAAGCAGCCAAUCCUCUUGGUAGCAGGUAAGGAUGACAUGGAGAUGUGUGAGCUAAGUCUAGAGGAGACCGGGCUUACACGAAAACGUGGAGCAGAGAUCCUGCCACGGCAGUUUGAAGAGAUCUGGGAGCGUUGUGGCGGAAUCCAAUACUUGAGAAACGCCAUCGAAAGCAAGCAAGCUCGACCCACCUACGCGACCGCUAUGCUCCAGAACCUCCUCAAAUAAAGAUCACCCA